AUGCGGGAGGGAGACUCCUCAGGCACGGAAACUGCAUAUGCAGCUCGCGGCUUGAGGAUGAAGAAGAGGACCAGCGCAUGGAGGCAAAACGCUACGUUGUUCGCCGUCGGCCUGGCGGCCCUACAACCGGCUGCUGUGGCGGCGCAUGUGUUUCCCUACGUGCCGACGCAGAUUCUCCUGCCGACGGCCUGUGCAGGCGAAUCGACUUGCAGCGGCGCGGACCUGGCCUACGUCUUUUCCCAGAGCGACGAUGGGAGCGUACAGUUUUCCGCCUUCAACUACUCGACGGACGUGGCGGCCGGUGCUCAACCCGCACCGGUAACGACAGACCUACCGUUCCUGAAGAGCCAGCCGGCGACAACGGCCUUCGGGGCCGCAAGGACGAGCAACGGGUCGGUGGUUGUGUAUUCUGGGGCAUGCGACGGAACCGCGGGCUCGCUAUGGAGCUUCUCGAGCGAGGCGACUGGCGAUGGCGGCGGCGGCGGCGGCGCAUGGUCGAAGCGAACGACCACCUCGGGCAGCUCCCAGCAGGGAUCCUCGCGAGGCCCGUAUUUCCUCGGAGGCACCUUGGCGUUUUCGUCGAAGCUCUCGCCCACGAUGGACCAGCCGACGGUUUACACGUACGGAGGCAUGUGUCACGCCCCCAACACGAGCUCCGAAACGUGGCAGUCGAAUGCCAACUACACAAAGGCAAUGAUGAGCUUGGCACCGAGCACACAGGCUGUGGAUACGGCCUACUCGCUCAGCGUGGCAUCCACGGCUGGUCCACGAACGCCCAUUGCUGGAUUUACCCUGACGCAGUUGCCGGCUUCGGUGACGAACAUCUCUGGUGCGGUUUCGCAGCAGGCGGGCUUUGUGCUGCUGGGUGGCCACACGCAAGAGGCAUUUAUCAAUAUGAGCACUGCUGCGGUGUGGAAUCUGCCUGAAGAGUCGUGGUCGUACAUCAAUAUUGGGGGGGCCGAUGCUGCGACGGGAAGCGACAACGUUGAAAGUCGAUCUGGACACACGGCGGUUCUGACAGAGGAUGGGACGUCGAUUGUCGUCUUGGGAGGAUGGGUCGGCGACGUGAGCAACGCUGCUGAGCCUCAACUCGUUGUCCUGCAGCUCGCUCAGACGUAUAGUUCCUGGAAAUGGAGUGUUCCGCGGGAACAGCCUGGCGGAAAGGGGGUGUAUGGCCAUGGAGCAGCCAUGCUGCCCGGCAAUGUGAUGAUGGUGUACGGCGGGUGGGAGACGUCUUCUUCUGGCGGGAGCUCCAAACGUCAAGCUUCGUCUGGUGGUGCGCUGCGCUUCUUCAAUGUCACAUCCAUGUCGUGGUCCGACUCGUAUACCAACCCUACGCCGGGCAAAAUACCCACGAGAAAAGGGUCGCACGAUGCUCCUGGGGCCGGAAACGACGCUAUACAGUCUAGGAAGCUGGGGCUCGGAUUGGGUCUCGGCUUGGGUCUCGUGCUGCUUUUGGGCCUUCUUGUUUUGGCAUUCUGUAUGUGGAGGAAAAGGUUGAAUGAGAGGCGAGAGUCGCGGAGGGACGAGGCCGCCCAGGUCAUGGCGCAAGAUGCGAGGUACUUUUCCCACGAUGCGGAUGAGAUGACGGAACGCGAGGAUGCGUUUCCGUGGCACGUGGCUGGUCACAACGGCCACCAAGGUGUAUCUGAUACAUCGAGGGGUUAUGAAUCUCUUCGAGGGGCGAGGGCGUCUCUCGACGACGGGCAUGGCCGCGCAAUCACGAGAAAGCCAGUCAUGAGCCGGAGCACGAGAGGGGGCUAUGUGCCCGCAGAGACGCGCUUCAACGCGUUCGUCUCACCACCUGGCCGGAUUCAUCCCAUCCUAGAGGAUGAGGAGGACGAAUAUCACGAGGCGCCGCAACAUGUCACGGAGCCACUUACACCAACUUCCGAGGAGCACUCGGAUCCGUUUGUGACUCCCACAGCUACCGCGCCGUCGGUCCUCUCUCCGCCUAGCAAUCGAUCCUCAGCGACGCCGAGUCCCGAAGAGCGCCGUCGGUACGAUGCAGAUGUCCAAAAAUGGGUAUGUGAUGUAGACGCCGUCGACUCGCUGCUGGAGAGGUACAACUCUUCCCGGAAGAGUCGCAGAUCACCUACGCGAAGGAACUCUACGCGCUCGGCGGCUCUGCGAGACGACGAAUCCCGAAGCGGCUCCAACUUGUCGGAAUCAAAUCGCAGCGCGGCGGACAGUCUGCGGCGCUCGCAGUCUAAUCGGAAAUCAAGAAACCUCCUUGGCGGCAUGCUGCUUGGGGGCGAUCAUCCCAAACCUGGCAGUUCUUCCUCGAGCAGUUACAACACGGCAAAAUCUGGCUUCGGGGCGCUGCAGGCCGAAGGGCCUGCCUUGCUGGGACGCGCGACACCAUCCACCGCCGCGAACGCUUAUGACGACGAAGACUUGACUACUCCGUCCUCACCGUCCAAAUCGAAACCCCGGCGAAGCUGGCUCGGGUCCCUUGGCCGCGUCUUCUCCCAAUCAGGCGGUUCGUCGCCAAGAGCACCGUCAGUAAACUCGGCAGUCACGAGACCGGAAACGGAGCAGUACGGCGGCGACUACGAGCCUCGUGCUGGUCUUCCCGGCGAGCUUCUUAGAAGGAAGCAAGGCCGCUUGGACUGGGAGGACGGACCCGAAGCCAGCUCCGUUGCCGGGGGAAGCGAGCAGCCCGAAAACGACUGGGAUAUAGAACGGGCCGUGGAGCAGCGCCUGGUACAAGUCAUGUUUACCGUGCCGAAGGAGCGGUUACGCGUGGUUAACGGCGACGCUGAAUCGCAAAUGGAGGCAGACGACACAUUGCAGAAGGGAGCGAGGCUCAAAGAGACGGACGAGCUGCAUGAGCCUCAGGUUGCCGAGCUGGUUGAUCCGGACAAGAACUCGUCCAUGUCAACGGUUGAGCAGCACGAGAGGCGGAGAGAUGACAGGCCGUACUCUCUGGUUGAGGAUCCGGACUUGUUGCAUGUGGACUUUGCUGAGCCGAGGCUGAGCCACUCGACGGACGACUCGGGGAGGAGGUCGUCUGGCGCGGUUUUUACUGCCGAGGCGAUUCGAUUUGAGAGGCCCAGGACCAAGGUGUUGCAGAUGGUUGAUAGCAUUGAGAGUCGCAGCCAGUCGAACAGUCCGACGAGGGGGCAGGGACAUGGGCAGGACUAG